UUGUUGCCCACCACGCUCCAGGUCUAUCUCGACAAAUCCAUCGCGAACCUAGCCACCGUUAUCGCUGACUCCUCCGACUACGUCUCCGAUAAAACCGGUGUCGAUCCGAACAUCAUCCUCUACAGUACCCUCGGCUGCAUACUGCUUGCCGUGCCCCUCACCAUGUCUCGAUACGGCUGGUCGACAAAUCGGGACCAAAUAUCACCCUACGGUUCUGGCCUCAGCGGCGUCCCCGACGUCAGGGACGAAGACUUUAGCUACAUCACCACCGAGGACCUCCAAUCGUCGUCCCUUGACGGCUCGGUCCCCACGAGAUCGUACGCCCACAACCCUCGACGCUCAAACACCCACGUGCCCGAGGACGAUGUUCUGCUCGUCAAGCACAAGGGUGUGACAUACCCCUCCAAGUUCCCCGCCUACGCCAUCGGCGACGGCAAGCUUCGAGUCCGCGACGUCAGAGACCGAGUCGGAGUUCUGCUGGAGCUUUCGGAGCGUCGCGCGCGCCGCGUCAAGCUCCUCUACAAGGGUCGCCAGCUGAAGGAGCCGGCGGCGCCAGUCCGCGACUACGGUGUCAAGAACAACAGCGAGGUCAUGGUGGUGCUGCCCGAGGGCGAGGAUCCCGAGAGCAGCGAAGACUCGGACGAGGAGAUGGUAAUCGUCGCCGGAGAUGGCGCCAGCGCCGUUGGCAGCACCGGUGGCACCGACGACGGCAAGAAGCGUCGCAAGAAGAAGGGCCGCAAGUCAAAGAAGGGCAAGAGCAGCAACAACACCAGUCCCCGCGACAGCGCGUCAAAUCUCGGCGUCCCGCCCGCCAACGUCGGCAGAUCGCCCUCGCCCGUCAGACAAGCCAGCGGACCCCACGCCAAGCUCGAUGCCAUUGCCACGCACUUCGAGACGGAGUUGCUCCCUCUAUGCGACCAGUUUAUCGCGGCCCCGCCCCCGGAUCCCAAGAAGCGAGAGGAUGAGCACCGCAAGCUGUCCGAGACCACGAUGCAGCAUGUGCUUCUCAAGCUUGACGAGGUGGAGACGGAGGGCGACCAGGAGGCCAGAGCCAAGAGAAAGGCGCUGGUCCAGCACGUUCAAGAUGUUCUGAAGCGUCUAGACUCUAGACUGCGUUAA